GGACUACCCAUCAGGGUGGCAGCACUAGAGAGAGAAAGGGAAACAAAACCAUUUCAGUUUGCUAAGAGACCAUUUUUAAUCUGAACUGAACCACCCCUUUUGCUUUCUUAGCCAAAUCACCAAAAUAUCCAGUUAGAAUAAGAAUUUUGCAUCCUGAGAAAGAAAUUCACAGCUGAGAGGAAACAUUCUGAAAUGGAUCCCAAAUAUUUCAUCUUAAUUUUGUUUUAUGGUCACCUGAACAAUAUGAUUUCUGCCGAGACAGAGGCAAUAACAACAGAGAAGCAAUCAUGGUCUACUCUUUUUAGAUCAUCAAUGUCAUCUGUCUCAGAAAAUUCUCAGAUCACAACAGGGAAUCCUUUGGGUCAACAAACACAAUUCAACAACAUAUCUUCUGGACAACCAGUUCUUAUCGAAGUCACCACUGAGAAACCAACUAUUAAAGCUGCUUCUGGAAAACCAGAAGCAUAUACCUCUGCUGCGCAAACUCUCGUCUACAACAUCACUAGACAACCAACAAGAGUCAACACUUCCUCCGAGGAAAUAUUAUCGACAUUAACCUCUUCCAGACUACCACCAUCUACUAAUGUUUUCACAAGACAAUCGCCUCCAUUUGUUUAUACUUCUCAACCACCGGCUUUAUCUGCCCAUACUUCUAGGAAAUCACCCACUGCCUAUAGUGUAUCCACACAAUCAAUACCAACUGUCAAGAAUUCACCUAGAGGUACACCAGGAUUUAUCCUAAAUGGUAAGAGUAAUGAAAAAUAUCCACAUAAAACCAAUUCUACUUCAAUAGCUGCCAUAUUAAUAGGUGUAAUUCUAACUUCUAUGUUACUGGCUAUAACUGUGAUUGUACUGUGGAAAUACUUGAGAAAACCAGUUACAAAUGAUCAGAACUGGGCAGGAAGGUCUCCAUUUGCUGAUGGUGAAACCCCCGACAUAUGUUUGGACAUCAGAGAAAAUGACGCAACCACAAAACGUACAUCAACUGUUUCACUUAUGGCCUGGAAACCAAGUAAACAUACACUUUUAGCAGAUGACCUGGAAAUCAAAUUGUUUGAAUCAAGUGAAAAUAAUGAAGAGUCCAGCAACCCCAGAGCAGAAAAAACAAAUGAUCAGGCAAAUGGUACAUCAGAGGACAGUGGUGAUGGAUCAACAAUUGGCACAGCUGUUUCUUCUUCAGAUGAUGUGGAUCUUUUUCUGCCACCUCCUCCCCCACUGACUGAGGCAGAAGGACAGGAGAGGAACCAAUCUGACAUACUCACAUUGCCAGUUACAUCUCCCCUUCCAAAUGAGUCUGGCAAUCACAUAUCACCCCUGGAUUGUCCCAAUCAAGUCUGUGAAGAUAAUUCUGAAUUCAAACAGUCAUUUCCACCUCCCCCUGAUGCACCUAACUUGCCCCUGCCAGAAGCAGAUCUUACUGAAAACCAGGACGAUUCCCACAAUGAGAUCCAGAGUCAGCAUCUGGAGUUCUCUAUUUCUCUUGACUCAGACGAAGCCCUGGAUGAAGCCUUACCACCCCCACCUGCCGAACUGUUAUAAGUAUUACAACUUGACUUGUAUUUGAUCUUCCAUCUUUCUUAGUCCUUCUUUCUUUUUUGUUUUCAUGUGACAAACUAUAUUAAAUGGUACUGGUAGACAAUGUUGAUAUAUAUAAGGGAACCACCUCAAAACCG